AUGGAGGGGAGGCACAGGGGGGGGGGGCGUGGGGGGUGGGGGGAGGAGUGGGGGCGAGGGCGGAAGUGGGGAGGGGGGGCGGUUGGUGAGGGGGGUGCGAGGGGGGGGGGACGGUGGGGGGGUUGCGGGGGCUGGGGACGUGGGGAGGGGGCUAGGGGGGGGUGGGGGGGGGAGCGUGUUGGACUGAGGAGGGGGGGGGGGGAUGGGGGGAGGCGUAGGGGGGGGGGGGGGGUGAGGUGGGGGGCGGGGGGGGAGGGGGGGAGGGAUGGGGUGGGGGGGGGCGUGGGGGCGGGGGGGCAGAAGCGGGCGGGGGGGGAGGGUCCGCGGCAGGGGGGGCGGGAACGUUGGGAGUGGAGGGGGCGGAGGGGGGGGGUAGGGGGGAAGGGCGGGGGGGCGGGGAGGGGUGGGCUUGGGGGAAGGGGGGGGGGGCCGGGAGCAGGGGAGAGGAGAGCGCGGGGGGGGGGCGAGGCUCGAGGGAGGGUUGGGGUCGGGGGGAGGGAGGGGGGCGGGUGGAGAGGGCGGGGGGGGGGGGGGCCGCGGCGGAUGCGGGAAGGGGGGGGGGGGUCGGGGGGGGGGGUGGGGUUUAGGGGGGGUACAGGGGCGGGAGGAGGGGGAAGGUGGGGGGGCAUGAGGGUCCGCAGAGCGGCAUUGAUGGGGGACGGGGAGGGCAGAGGGGGAGGCGUCAGAGGCGAAGGCGCGAGCCUGGGGGGAGGGGGGAGGGGGCGACGCGAGGGGCGGGAGAGGGGGCUGGCGGGCGUGGAGGAGGGGGGGGCAAGGGGACGGGACGGAGAUACAUGUCGGGGUGGACUGAGCAGGUGGGGGGAAGGGAGGGCAGGGUGCUCAGGGUGGGGCAUAAGGGGGGGGGGGUGGGGUGGGAGGGGGGGGGCGGGGGGGGGGGAGGGUGGGGAGGGGGGGAACGGAGGGAGGGAGGGGCAGAGGGACGGCGUAGGAGGGGGGGGGGUGAGGAGGGGGGGAGUAGGGGGGUGGGUGGCGCGGGCGGGAGGAACUGGGGGGGGGGGGGAGGGGGGGGGCCCCGGGGAGCGUGGGGGGAAUAAAGAGGGGGAGGGGAGGCGGGGGGGUGGGGGGAAGGGUCAGGUGCUGGGGGGGGACUGGGGGUGGGGGGAGGGGAGAAGGGGGGGGGGAGAGGGCAUGUGGUUUGUGCGGCAGGGUUUGGGGCGGGAUGGGAAGGGGGGGGGGCAGGGGGGGGGGGAGGAGAGGCGGGGGGCAGCCGAGCAUGGUGAAGGGUGA